UAAUUAAGAGCAAGAUUUGGGAUUUACCUGAAGCAAAAAGCGGCAUCCUUCCUGCUCUGAGAUUGAGCUACCAUUACCUUCCUUUCCACCUCAAGCGUUGUUUUUCUUAUUGUGCUAUAUUCCCAAAGGAUUAUGAAUUUGGCAAGGAAGAGUUGAUUCUGUUGUGGAUGGCAGAAGGUUUCUUGCACCCCUCGAAAGGAAACAAGCAGAUGGAGGACAUAGGAGUUGAAUAUUUUCGUGAUUUAUCGUCAAGGUCCUUUUUCCAGCAGUCAACUGGUAACAAAACGUUGUACGUGAUGCAUGACCUCAUAAACGACCUUGCUCAAUUUGUUGCCAGAGAUAUAUGCUUCAGUUUUGAAUUUCACGAAGACAAAUUAAAUGAUAAAGUUCGGCAUUUUUCGUUCGUUCGUAACCAAUACGACACUUCAAAGAGAUUUGAAAUGUUGUAUCAAAUGAAAAGAUUAAGAACACUGGUGGCAUUACCAGUUCAUAACUUGCCAUGGGCAACAGAAUCCUAUUUAAGCAAUAAUGUCUUACAAAAGUUGUUGCCGAGGUUAGUCUGCUUGAGAGUGUUGUGUCUGAGUGGUUACUGCAUCGAUGAGCUACCGCAUCAUAUAGGCGGUUUGAUACACUUACGGUACCUGAAUUUAUCUCACACCAGCAUCAAAUCAUUGCCUGAUUCUGUGGGAUCUCUUCUCAACCUACAGACAUUGAUACUGCAUGGGUGCAACAACCUUACCAAGUUGCCUCAAUCAAUUGAGAAUCUGAUUCAUCUUCAUGUUAUUGAUCUUACCGAUACUGAUAGUCUAACAGAGAUGCCAAUGCAGAUUGGCAACCUGAAAAAGCUACAGAUUUUGUCCAAAUUCAUUGUGCAAAGGGGUAGCCGGUCUGUCAUCACAGAAUUGAAGGGCUUGUCGCAUUUGCAAAAGGACCUUUCCAUUCUUGGACUAGAAAAUGCGGUUGAUACUCGAGAUGCUAGUGCUUAUGUUCUGAAGGAUAAGCAGGGCCUUAAGGGGUUGGAUUUGCAAUGGAGUCAUGAAUCGAUUGAUCAUGGAAACGGUGACGAUGGAAUACAUGUUUUCAACAUGCUACAACCUCAUCAAAACCUUGAAAGAGUUCGAGUAGCAUUUUAUCCUGGCACAAAGUUUCCAUCUUGGUUAGGAGGUUCCUCGUCGACUAAAAUUGUGGAUAUAAACCUCUCCAACUGUAGAAACGUUACGUCCCUUCCUGAACUUGGGAGACUACCCUCACUCAAGAAGUGUUCGAUCGAAGGCAUGAAUGGAGUUAAGAGAUUGGAUAUUGAGUUUUUUGGAUAUGGCUUAAAUUCUUUAAAACCUUUCAAGGUUUUGGAAGUUCUUCAGUUCAAAAACAUGUUGAACUGGGAGGAUUGGGACUAUCCUGACAAAACUGAUAAAGAAGACGGGGAAUUCCCGAGUCUCCGUGAGCUUAUGAUUGAUAACUGUCCAAAGUUGCAUCGGAAAUUACCCGCAUACUUGCCUGCUCUGGUGAAACUUGCAAUCAGAAGAUGCCCCCAUGUGGCUUAUUCAGUAAUGAGCCUCCCAUCUCUUCUUGACCUUAGUAUUGAACAUUGCAAUAAGAUGACUCCAAGGAGCAUGGUCGACCUUACAUCUCUAACUACACUGAAAAUCAAGAGUUUGUCGGACCUUACAUCUCUGGCCGAUGGGUUCGAACAGUUUCCGGGAGCACUUCAGCAUCUUAUCCUUUCCCAAUGCACCGGGUUGACAUCAUUGUGGCGGAAAGGAAAGGAAGAGCUGCACCGCCUAGUGUCUCUUGAGCGUUUGUGCAUUGAAUCAUGCCCGAAACUUGUAUCCUUUCCCGAGACAUGUUUGUGGUCGACGCUUAGACGUCUCUGGCUCAGAGAUCUUCCACUGCUUAAGGACCUGCCUUGUUGGAUAAUGAGCCACAAUGAACUUACUGGCUGUUUUCUUGAAGACUUGGAAAUCGAAGAUUGCCCUUCACUCACAUGCUUUCCAAAAGGGAAGUUACCUCCCACAUUGAAAAGGUUAAAAAUCCAAGAUUGCGUUCGACUUAGUUUGCUACCGAGGGACUGAUGCAGGUCGGUAACGACACAAUUGC